AUGAAGUUCUCGUCGUCACGCGAUCUGGUGGUUGUGUUGUCGUUUGCGACAGAAGCAACAAGUCGGAUUCUGGUCCGUCAACCUACGACUAUCGACUACAAUGCCGCUCCACCGAAUCUCUCUACGCUAGCGAAUAACUCGCUCUUCGAAACUUGGAGACCCAAAGCACAUGUUCUACCGGCGUUUGGCCAGAUUGGAGAUCCGUGCAUGCAUUAUACAGAUCCUGCGACUGGGCUUUUCCAUGUGGGAUAUCUGCACCUGGGAGCAUCGGGCGCGACGACGAACGAUCUGGUUACGUACAAGGACUUGAAUCCCAAUUCUGCGCCAUUCAUCCGUGCAGGCGGGGUAAACGAUCCCGUUGCAGUCUUCGACGGGAGUGUGAUUGAAAAGGGUGUCAAUGGCACGCCUACGCUCCUCUACACGAGCGUCAGCUAUCUCCCCAUCCAAUGGACAAUCCGGUACACAAGGGGCAGCGAAACACAAUCACUCGCCUACGCCACGGACGGCGGCAAAAACUUUACAAAAGCCAAAUUCGGCCCCGUUAUUCCUAGUCCUCCCUUUGCCGUCAACGUAACAGGAUUCAGAGACCCAUUCGUAUUCCAAAGCCCACAAUUCGAUUCUCUCCUCAGCAAGAAAAAAGACACAUGGUACACCCUCAUCUCUGGCGGCGUCCACGGUGUAGGUCCCAGCCUCUUCCUCUACGCCCAAUACGACGACUCAGACUCUGCUUCAUUCCAAACCUGGGAGUACCUAGGCGAGUACUGGCACGAGGCCGCAAACACCACCUGGACCGAAUCCAACUGGGCCGGCCGGUGGGGCUUCAACUUCGAAGUCGCAAACAUCUUCUCCCUCGAUGAGCACGGCGCAAAUCCCUCAACCGGCGAAACCUUCUUAACCGUAGGCGCAGAAUGGAGCUACGCACCCAUUGUACCCCAAGUCUCCGACGAAAGAGACAUGCUCUGGAUCGCCGGCACCCAAUCCCUCGUCGACGGCAAACUAACCUUCGAACCGACAAUGGCAGGCAGAUUAGAUGCAGGCCGCUCCGCCUACGCAGCAGCCGGCAAGCUUCUCUCCGCAGACUCGCAGCCCAGCUGGGCAAGCGGCGCCCCCGAUCGCGCAAUCACCUACCUCUGGCUCACCGGCGAUCUCUACGGCACCUCACCCUUCCCCACCGCCCAGCAAAACUGGACAGGCUCCUUGCUCCUCCCCCGCGAGCUAUCGCGCUGCUACAUCGACGUGCUCGAUACGCCGCUAGCCCGCGAAACCGGGGCGUGGAGGAUCGAGCGAGAGAGCGGAGACGGUACACUGCGUCUUGCGACUCUAUGCCAGAAACUCGCACGCGAAGUCAAGACCGCCUUCAAGGCAAAUGCAACAAACGUACUCACCUUGCCUGCGAAUCAGCUUUCACCCGGCGAGCAGCGCAAAUUGUCCCACACACCCAAGCAGAACCACUACAUGCUUACCGCUUCCCUGACUUUCUCCUCUCGCACACCGGGUUUGAAAGCGGGACUUACGAUUCUCUCUGGCGCGCACGAGACAACGCGCAUCAUUUACGAUAUCGGUUCCGAGCUACUCAGCGUGGAACGGGGGAGGUCGUCUGCGGCGGCGAAUACAACGCAGGGCAUACCUACGUACGACGAGGAGGGUAGGUUCCGUCUGUUCGAUUUACCAGCCCACGCCAAUGCGUCGCGGAUUGAGACGCUGAAUCUGUCGGUUGUGGUGGAUGGUGGGGUGGUUGAGGUGCAUGCGAAUGAUCGGUUUGCGCUGAGUACGUGGGUGAGGCCGUGGUAUGCGGAUAGUAAGAGCAUUGGCGUUUUUGUGGAGGGAGAAGGAGAGGAGAAGGUCAGCGUGGGCGAGGUGAAGGUUUAUGAGGGGUUGGUAGAUGCGUGGCCGAAGAGAAAUAAGAGGAUCUAG